UUACAUACAUGGAGCGUGAAGUGAAAUCAAAACAAGACGUUCCGCUACCACCGCCACCGCCACCGCGGUCGGUGCGACGGUAAACAAAAAACAAAAAUCACUUAAGUUGUUACCUGUUAAACGUUUACUGCGCCGUCCGUUGUCUGCGGCAUCGGAGCUGUUCACCAUCGUCGUAAUACGUAACUUGUUAAAAUACGAUUUUGGACGCGUUCGACGGUCGUCCAUGUUGUCUCGGUGAUCUGACGAACCUAUGGCUGAUCAACAAACGGCCAAGCGGUCCUGAUUUCUUGAGUACACAACAAUCGUCGAUCAACCAUACAGGAAUUGGUACUGCGUACCGCGGUCGUAUAUUUUGUGUGCUAACCUGUGGUACAGCACCAAAAUCCAUUGUCGCCCUCAAUCGUCGGCGAUAGUUCCAAAAUUACGACAUCCGUCGCGAGCGCUACGCGUACCCGACCCGACGUCCGAAUCGUCGUGCGCGCCGCUACCCUCAGUGCCUCUCAUUUCAGCGCCUGACCGGCUCGUUUGCGCGUCCGUCCGUUCGCGUUCGUCUCUCUCAGGACCACUCGUCCGCCAUCGGCCAUAAUCGAAUCGCGUUGUUUGCGUUGUGACAUCGCCGUCGUCACUAGUUGCGUUGCGUCGCGUUUCUUUAAAUUUUUCGUUUAUACAUCGUUGAAAUUCGUCACCGCCGUGCCCGACCGGUAUUACUGCCGUUGGAUCGUCCAAACGAUUUCUUCGCCCUCGUGUGACCGACGCCGCCAUUUGUUGUCGAGCGUUCCGGGUGUAGCCCACCCGUCCGUUUUGCGUUUUCUCCGUCUGUCCGACAUUUUCGUUUGUCGUUUCAUCGAUCGCUUUUUCGUAGUCGUAUAGCGAACUCGAACUGCCCGUGCAGUCUUCUCUAGCGCGUACUCACGUCCAUUACACCGAUCACAAACACGCGAACGCGCGCGCGUAUAACCGUUGUCGUUUAUUCACGUCGAUGUCGUAAUGGCCGCUAAGAGAUCGGUUUCGCCCGGGCCUAUCGACCUGAUGAAGGUAAGCCCAUCGCGCCGUCCGACUACAAUUUCAACGGGCGUCUCUUAUGACGGUAUUACGGUUUCGUUUUCAAAGCGAGCCCGCGCGACCAGGCCGAGCACAACGCAAACGAGUAACGAGGAAAUAAUGAGGUUGAUUGCUGAACCAAAUUCGGUGAACAACAAAAAAAAACAGGAAGACCCUUCCAUUCCACACCCAUUAAAGGGCAUUGAUCCUACAGCAUGUAACCUAUGCAGUGAUAGUACUGAAUUCAUAUGCAGCGAAAAAUAUCAUAAAUCCUCAGAUAAACCGUAAAAUAAUAUUAUUAUUAAUGCAUGCUUUAAUUAAAUAUUUAAUAUAUUAUAAUGUUAUGUAAAUAUUUGUGUUCAUGCAAUGAAUAAUUUCCUUGUUGGACACUGAUUUAGCGAAGCCUAUAUCUAUAAUGAAUAAUAAUGAAGUAUUUCAACCCUAAUUUUUCCAGAAAUAAAUAUGAUGCAGUUAGACACAAGAUGAAAAAUAUAUUUGAUUUUGAACAUCCGUUCGUUAAAUUUGAAUCAUACCUCGAUGAAGUACCAAUACAGCGCAAAUUCAAUGUUAAACCUCCUGCUAGAAAACAGUUGGAUAAGCAAAAAAUGAUCCGCAAGAAUGAUAGAUGUGUUGUAUGUAAAAAAGGUGUUCUUGAUGGACGUUUAGUGCAAUGUCAUCAGUGUACUAGACUUUAUCACCUCAAUUGUUUAGAUCCUCCUAUCCGUGAUUGGGAUAAUUUUAUGAGAUGGCUCUGUCCAGCACACGAUAACUUUUUAGAAUUGGCAUAUCCUGACGUCUUUCCUCCUGGUCAAAAAUUACUGACUACUAAUAGUAUAACAACAAAAAGGUCGCGAUGCGAAGAACCAUCUACAUCAGUAGACAAAACAUUCCCAGCUCCAGAUUACGUUACAAAAAUGUAUAUAGAGCCAGAAGAUAAAGUUCCAACGACUUCUAAAGAAAAUUCAUCUUUGAAUAUUUUAUGUGACAUAGCAUCAAUUGAAUUAGAAUCAAUAAAUUCUAUUGAAAAGAUGAACAAAACUAGUAGCAUAACAAAUUAUGUUUCCGAUAAGUUUCUGCAAAAAAACAAAAGCUUACAACCUAUUAAAUGCAGUGCCACUUUGAUUUGUUUAUCUAUACCCAUCACUAUAUCUGUACAGAGAGAAGUUAUAACUAUAGGCAAAAGUAUUCAAAAUCGAGUCUGUUUGCAAUCUUGUAAAAAUUGCGAAAAUAUUUCUGAUUUUCAUGCUACCAUCAGUUUUGAUGAAAAAACUGGGAAUUUCAUUUUGAAAAACCUAAGUCAAUUUGGUGUUAUAGUUGAUAACGCGUCCUAUUUUGGAAAUCAUAAACAACCAUCAAAUAAUCAUGAACUGAAGAAAGUCAAUUCUGAACUUCAACGGCACAUAAAUAAACAAAGAAAAACAAUUAAAAAAGAUAAAUUUAUUCAAGUCACCACUAACAGUGACGAUGAGAAACCAGUAGUCAAAUAUGCUGGUAAAAAACGUCCAUUUAAUUAUAAACCAAUCACUAAAUACUAUAUCAGUAAGUACAAGAAUAUGAAGCAUAGUUAUAAAAAAGCUCAGUGCAAGUGUUCUAAGAGAUUUGUCCAAAAGGAUGGUUACUCUGGUUUAGCUGUUUUGCGUAAUGACUCUAUAAUAUUUAUUGGUUGCAUGAAAUUUAAAUUUACUUAUGAUGAGGGCAUAAUAAAAACUCUCAAAGUAUGUUCAGAUGAAUCACUUUCCAAGAUAGAUGGAAUAGUCGAAAAAAAAUCCUCCAAUGAAUCACAUUUAAAAUGUUUCUCUGAACAAGAAAAUGGCAUUAAUAUAUUAGUUGAUACAAUAAAUCAUCUUAACUCAUUUUCCAUUAAUGAAAAUUGCUCACUUGAAGAUACAGAUAAAAACUCUAUUAACAAACUAACAAAUAUUGAUAAGUUAGAUUUAGAUAAUUCAGCGCACGAUGAGAUAGUUAAUACCAUGGUUGAAGGUGUAUCUGAGAAUAUUGUACACGAUAAUAAUAUUAAAUCAUCAGAAAUGAAUUUAUUUGAAACAUCAGACUCAGAAUACAUAGAAGAUUGGGAUAUAAUGAAUGCUAUAUCAACCAAUGAAAAUUCAUGUUCUGCCAGUGAUUUAAUACAAGAAGUUGAAGUCAAUGAGUCGUCUGAGUAUAGUGAAGUUGUUGAAGAAGAAAUUGUAUAUGAAAUGAAUUGUGUACCUGUUCAUAUCGAUGAUGCUCAAGAGUGGAUAAUAGAAGAGAUUGUAGUUGAAGAGGAGAAAAAUUUCAAUGAUAAAGAACCUGAACGUUCUGAUGACUUACAGUCGUCAUCAACAGUUGGAUCUCCUGUACCUACUUGUGAUGAUGAGGACUUGAAGACUGAACAUAUAUAUUGUGCACGCAGUCUAACAUACGAUGAUGAAAUUAUUGUUAUAUCAGAUGAUGAUGAAGAUGUUAACAAUGAAACUGAUAACGAUAACAAUGGGGAAGAUUAAUAUGCUGUAAUUUUUUUCAUAACAUUUUGUUUUUUGAUUUAUUAAGGUUUGUUAAAGAUUUUUAUGAUACCAGUAUAAGUUUUUUUUUGAUUUUCUAUUGUACCUUUACCUUACUUAUUAAUCAUUUAUUGUAUAAAAAUAUUGUUAAAUUUAUAACUAAGUUAAGUUUUUUUUUUAUUUUGCCUACAAUUGUAACCAUUAUAUUAGAUAUAUACAAAAAAAAAAAAUAAUAAAUUGAUUGAUAGUGUGAUUAUAUAUUAUUAUUACUCUAUAAAUAACCUAAUAUUAUUUUAUUUGGUUACCUUGCUACACAAUUAAUUUUAGUUAUUGUCUAUUAAGACCUAAUUGUGUCUCAACAGGUUUAAACUAUUUAACAUAAUUUUAUGUUUUCCAAGUUAUUACUUUACAAUUGUAUUAAAAUCUAUACAAAAGAAUAUUGUUAUACUAAAUAUUUAUAGUGAAAAUUAUUAUUAUAAUUUUAUUUUAUCUGUUUAAAAUAAGGUUUUAUGAUAUUAUCUCCUCUACAAGUGUUAAACUCUGAUGUUUUAAACUUGUCCACUAUUAUAAAGCUACUUUAAAUUUUAAUUUAACAAUCAAGAACUAAAAUCAUAUAUUGUUGUUGUUAUAUAAUUUUGAUCUAUGUAGUUAACACAAUAUUUAUAAUUUAAUAUAUUAGUAUUAUUUAUAUAUUUUUUUUUUUAGUAAAACAUUAAAUGUAUUAAGAUAUUUAUACAUAAAUUAAGUUAAGUAUUUAUUAUCAAAUAGAAGAAGUUAGUGUGAAAACAGAAUUAAAUUAAUAUUGUAUGUAUUUUUUUUCCAACUAUUAAAAAUUGGAGAUAACUUGAUGAAUACGUUAUGUAUAAAAGAAAUUCGUAAAAAGGGCGUGGCCGCGUUGUUGGCGACCAAUCAAAUAAAAUCUUUUGUAUCGUAA